CGGGGCGGAAAGCCUCCAUGCAUAGUUGUUCCACAGCGACGGGGGGUGCUCCUAGAACGAUCGGGAGUUGGUUGUCCGGAGACUCUAUCUCUCGCUGUACUCUCUUCUCUUUCUCUUCUCACACGCUCAAUUUCUGCACGCGGAACGAGAUACUUCGCGUGUAAGCCCGCGAAAAUGGUGAGUUUCCUGUUCACCUCGGAGUCCGUGAAUGAGGGGCACCCGGACAAGCUUUGCGACCAGGUGUCGGACGCGAUUUUGGACGCCUGCCUUGCGGAAGAUCCCGACAGCAAGGUGGCAUGUGAGACGUGCACGAAGACGGGAAUGGUGAUGGUCGGCAAGGACCCGACGAAGGUGGACAGGAGCGGGGCGUACAUCGUGCGUCAGGCGGCGAAGAGCGUUGUGGCUGCGGGGCUCGCUCGCCGCUGUCUGGUGCAGGUCUCUUACGCCAUCGGUGUCGCCGAGCCCCUGUCCGUGUUCGUGGACACGUACGGGAGCGGGAGGGUGUCGGAGCAGGAGAUCCUGGACAUAAUCAAGGAGAACUUCGACUUCAGACCGGGAAUGAUCAUUCAAGCUCUCGAUUUGAAUCGCGGAGGCAACAAGAGGUUCCAGAAGACGGCGGCUUACGGACACUUCGGCCGCGACGACCCCGACUUCACCUGGGAGACCGUCAAGGUGCUCAUGAGGGACGGGAAGCCCGUCAAGGUUAUCGCCGCUUCAUAAUUUUGAUUGAUCGACUGGGGUCAAAGUGCUCACGAGGAACGGGAAGCCCGUCAG